GUUUUUAUUGAAUACAAAUAUCUCCUAAACACAACAUCUUCUGUCUUUUAUAUCUUCUCUUUCUUGUCUGUCUACUUUCUCUCUUCUUUCUCUGCUGUCUCUGUCGUCUUUUCUUCUCUUCUUGUCUCUUUUCUUCUCUUCUCUCUUCAAACUCAACUCACUCAACGCGUCCCUCGCGCGCAGACCCAACUCCGAAAAUAAAAACCUUCAACCGCAACGCGUCCUCGACCUGCUCUCCUCUCCUCUCCUCUCCUCUCUCUACCGCCCCCUCCACGACAUGAUCCGCAUGCUCGGAAAAGCCCUGUCCUCCAUCAUGGCAUCAUCGCCAUCCACCGACCCCCCCUCCGAUGACGACCCAAAACCACUUGAUUCUCCCCACGACACCCCCUUCUUCCAAGAGCAGCAACCGCUCACCCCUCCCAUGACCUCCUCCCCCGAACCAUUCACCGAAGAACAGCUAGAAUUCAACCGCCUCUCCGACGACAAACGCGAGGCCCGCCUACGCACCCUCAUCGAGCGAUCCUCCAUCUACGCCUCCAUCAUCGCGGACAACUUUGCCCGCCAGCAGGCCGAGAAGGAGCAGGCGCGCAAGAAAGCUGCUGCAAAGAGUUUGUCUACGACCACGACUACUCCUGCUACUACUCCUGCUACUUCUUCUGUAUCGACACGUACCUCGUCGACGCGUAGUCGUGCGCCCGCGAAGAAAUCUACAACUUCAACUUCUAGGAAAACAAGAAAAGCACAGUACUCAAUCACAAACUUCAUCAAGACCGACGAUGACAAUGCUGACCUCACAACCCCCGUUGCUCCUCCCUCGUCAUCCUCGUCGCGGCAGCCGGCUCUCGUUACUGGUGGUGUGCUGAAAGAUUAUCAGAUCGCGGGGGUGGAGUGGCUUAUUACCUUAUACGAGAAUGGCUUGAAUGGUAUCCUCGCUGACGAGAUGGGCCUCGGCAAAACCCUUCAAACAAUAUCCUUCCUCGCUCAUCUUCGCGAAAAAGGCUCAAACGGCCCGUUCCUGAUCGUCGCCCCGCUCUCGACCCUCGACAACUGGGUCAACGAGUUCAAGCGGUUCGCCCCCUCGAUCCCCGUCCUUCUCUACCACGGCUCGCCCGAAGACCGCGCCGCCAUGCGCGCAGAGCACCUGCUCAAACGGCCCGACAAAUCCUACCCGGUCGUCGUCACGAGCUACAACCUGAUCCUUAACGACGGCCGCUUCCUGCGCAACAUCCCCUGGAAAUUCGUAAUCAUCGACGAAGGCCACCGCAUCAAAAACAUGAACUGCAAACUCAUCCUCGAGCUCAAAUCAUACAACUCCGCAAACCGCCUGCUGCUCACCGGCACCCCCUUACAAAACAACCUCUCCGAGCUCUGGUCCCUGCUCAACUUCCUCCUCCCUGACAUCUUCCACGACGUCGUCCUCUUCCAGAGCUGGUUCGAUUUCUCCGCCCUCCAGCGCGAAAACGGCACACACGAGAUCCUCGCAAACGAGCGCAAGAGCCAGAUCGUGUCGAGCCUGCACGCGAUCCUCAAGCCGUUCUUGCUGCGCAGACUCAAGACCGACGUCGAACUGCAGCUGCCGCCGAAGCGCGAGUACGUGCUCUACGCGCCGCUCACGCCGUCGCAGCAGGAGCUCUAUAAGCAUUUACUCGAUCGCGACGUCAAGCAGUAUUUGACGGAGAAAAUCAUGCAGGCGCGCGGCAUUAGACCGCUCGAGGAGGUGCAGCGCCGCGCGUCGCCUAGAAAGCGAAAGGCAAGCAUCGAGCAGCAGGAUGACCGACGGCGAUCGAAGCGGCGGGCGGCAGAGCUCGCGUCAAAGGCGGGGACCUACACCGAGCUGAGUGACUCUAAAUUCUUCCGCGCGCUCGAGGCGCCUGAUGAGCUCCUUGCUGCUGCUAAUGAGGAGGACGAGGAGAUGAAGGCGAUCGAGCAGAUUGCGAACGCGAACCGCGCGAUGAACAAUAAGAAGCUGCAGAAUGUGAUUAUGCAGCUCCGCCUGGCGUGCGACUCGCCGCUGCUGUUUUACGCGCCCUGGGAGGACGAGCACAGUCUGAUCACGUCCCCGGACGAGCGCAUCGUGAACGACUCGGGCAAGAUGCUGCUGCUCGAUCGGAUGCUUCCCGAGCUGUUUGCAAGGGGCCAUAAGGUGUUGAUUUUCAGCCAGUUUACAAAGAUGCUGGAUAUCAUUGAGGAUUACGCGCGGCUGCUGCGCGGGUGGGAGGUCAGUAGGUUAGACGGCGGCGUGAAGCAGGAAGACCGCAAGAUCGAGAUGGAAAAGUUCACGGCGCCGACGAACGAGUGUAACUUAUUCCUACUCUCCACGCGCGCGGGCGGGUUGGGAAUCAACCUCACCGCGGCGGACACGGUCGUGCUCUUUGACAGCGACUGGAAUCCGCAGCAAGAUCUGCAGGCCAUGGAUCGCGCGCACCGGAUCGGGCAGACGCGGCCGGUCAUUGUGUACCGGUUCGCGACCGCAAACACGGUCGAGCAGACGAUGCUCAGCAAGGCCGAGUCCAAGCGGCAGCUCGAGAAGCUUGUCAUUCAGAAAGGCAAGUUCCGCAGCGUGGCUGGCGGUGAUCGGUCGAGCAGCAGCAGCAGCAGCAGCAGCAGCAGGUUGAGCGCGGAGGACGAGUUGCGGAAUUUGUUGCUGGGCGACGAUGGGUUGGAGAAAGUUGUGGUGAAGGAGCGCGGGGAUGUGAUUUUGACGGACGCGGAGUUGGAUGAACUGCUUGAUCGGAGUCCGGAGGCGUACCGCACGGCGGCGGCGGUGUCGUCGUCGUCGGCGGGUGAGAUGGGCGAGGAUAGGAGUGGAAGUUCGGUGUUUAAGGUCGUUGACACGGCUGCUAGUGCGAAGUCUGAGCUUUUGUGAUGAGGUAGGGCUAUGAAUGAUUUAUGACAUGCAUUUAAGAAUAAUAAUAUACAUAUAUACUAU